UAGCAAGGCAAAUAAAUGACGUUUUCAAUUGACUGCGACACACAAAAGAAAGCACGAAUAAAGGAUAGUUUCCCCAGAUUCUUUGAAAGAAAACUAUUAAAACAAACCAUUAAAAUACAAUAGCCCCCUAUUAAUUUUGUUUAACAAAUAUGACAUCGCGUAAACGCAGUGGUAGCGGUUCCUCAAAGAGACCCAAAGAAAAGGUCGUCUACAUCUAUGAGUUAUUCUUUCGUGGUGAAGAUCCUAGUCAAGAACGUCGUCCUGAACAUUCAGAAUUUUGGAAUGAAUUCUUUUUGUUGCAACCCAAUGUUGAGGUGUUGGAGGGUGAAAUUACCAAGUUGACGGGUGAACAAUUCGCUGUGGUAAAGCCAAAUUUGAAUAUGAUUUUCCAGAAAUGUAUAGAAAUGUUGGAUACCGAUCAUCCCAAACGUUUGUGCAAUAGCAUGCAGACUUUGUGUUCCCUGUUCUAUGGCAUAUUUAAAAAAUCAACAGCAGAUACCUCAUAUGAUAUAUUGAAUGAUAUAUUUGGUUAUGAGCAUAUGGAUAAAUGGAUGAAACAGCUAAUGGUACAUUGUAAUCGGAUAUUGUUGGGUGAUGUCCCAGAAAAUGCCCGUUUCAUGUGCCUAAAAUUGCUAUUAGUUUUGGUCACGGGUACGGAUAAUGUCAGUCAAAAUGUCCUGCUGGAAUACUUAAUGAUGAACACCUUGUUCGAUGCCUUUGUAAAACUGUUGAGUGAUCCAACGCUGAGAGCCCAACAUGGUCAUGAUAUUGUUAUACUUCUUACAAUAUUGGUUAAUUAUCGUAAACAUGAAGCUACCAAUCCUUAUAUAGUGCAAUUAUCUAUUUUGGCCGAUGAACUAGCCCUGAAUGGAUAUGGACAAAUGAUAUCACAGUCGUUAAUUGAUUUUUGUCGUCAAUAUAUGCAAAGCCUUAAUAAUGCACAAUCAUCAUCGUGGUUCUCAUCGCUGUCGAAUAUUGUGGGUAAUAUGUUUGUGUCGGAUGAGGGCUGUGAACGUGUACAACAGAUCAAGGCCAAUAAUGGUCUAUUGCUGGCCCUCUAUGAGGCGGUGCAUUUAAAUAGGAACUUUAUCACAACUUUGGCCCACACACAAACCGAAUCAAGUGCCCCACCCUCGCCCAGUAAUACGUUAAGUUUAACACAACCAGUGCCGGAUUUGGCAAAUGCACCCAUCAUCGAUAUGACCCAGUAUCCAACGAAUUUGUUGGUGGCUGUUUUUCAAUAUUGUUCCAUUGUAAUGCAGGAUAACAAAAACGAAUCCAGUGUUGCCAAUUUGAAAUUGUGUUUCCUAAUACUAACCUGCAUUUCCGAAGAUCAAUAUGCCAAUUCCAUGAUGCAUGAUAGCAACUUAACCUUUAAAGUUAUGCUGCAUCGUGCCCAAAUGCGUCAUCGCAAAUUAAAUGUUGAUCGUGUGGGCAAAUCCCAACCCUUGGCUGCUACUCUAUUGGAUCUCUUGGUUGAAUUUAUCGUAUCACAUUUAAUGAAGAAAUUCCCCAUGGAACUAUAUCUGUUGUGUAUUGGUGUUAUACAUCGCAUACUGUGUUAUCAGAAACGUUGUCGAGUGCGUCUGAAUUAUCCCUGGAAAGAGUUGUGGUCCGCCCUGAUUGGUUUGCUACGGUUUUUGGUGAAUCAGGAACAGACAUUGGUCAAGAAAUGUAAUAUAUUUCAUUUGUCGUUGCAGGUUGUUAAUAUUUUCAAUUUGUUUAUAACAUAUGGUGAUACGUUUUUGGCUACCACCAAUAGCUAUGAUGAGCUGUAUUAUGAAUUGAAUAGAGAAGAGAAAGUUUUCACGGAACUGCAUGCAAUGGUCCUCCGCUACACCACCAUGCCUGAUUGUGAAUAUAAGGAUGAUGUUAUAAAGCUAUUAAAUGCCUUGGUUAACAUUUUGGCUAUUGUUAAACAUUUCCAAAAUAAAAUCAAAGAAUGGCUGGCCGAACAGGGCCUCUCAACACCGACGGAAGAACAAAUUUUGGAUGUGGUGAGAAAAAAUUACGAUCUUACGCUAAAACUACAAGAUUCUCUCGAUCAUUAUGAUCGUUAUGCGGAGGCACCACAUCAUACGUCAUUUUUCAAAAAUAUGGUACGUGACGUUGUGGCCGAUACGCGCAAACAAAUCUAUGGUUAUGUUAAGGAAGCUGUAUCAACAAUACCUGAACCCGAUGCCAUGUUAACAUCAACAUCCUCCAAUUCGUAAACUGCUAAUGUAUUUAAGUUUUCUUCGCCACGCUCCCAUCUGUUAUUUUCGUAUAUAUGUAUAUCUUAUCAUAUACAUAGAGUUAUCAUUAAAAGAAAUGACUGUUUUUUUAUCAUUAAUAAUAAUUCUUUUUAUUACUACUAUUAUUAUUGCAUAUAAAGUUUAUAAUAAUCUAUGUAUUAUUUCUCUUAGCUAUUUAAAUUAUACUAACCAUGUACAAUAACGUGUGUACGACUGUUGUCACAUAAUCGAAAAAAUAAGAACACAACAUUUUGUUUGAUCGAUCUAUGAAACGAAUCUAAUGCAUAUAUACAUACAAACAAUUUUUUUAAAUAAAUUUAGAUAAAAUUUGCAAAUAUAUUAAAAAAAAAGAAAACAAUAAUAUAUAUUGAGAAUAUAUACAAAAAUCUAUUAAUUAAUGAAUAAAUAAAUAUAUUUAUUAAAGAGUAAAA